GGUUAGUAUACAGCUUUGGAUAUAGCUUCUUGGCGUUAAACAGUGGAUUUGAACAGCUCUUUCUACAUGAUUUUACUGUACAAAUUAUACAGGAUUUUUAGCUCAGGAUGGAGAAAAGAAAGGUCGACUCGCUCUUACCAGGAGACCACAUAUUCAUCCAAAGAUCCAUCCACUACUCGCACCACGGUAUCUAUGUGGGUAACGACAAAGUGAUUCAUUACCAGACCCCCAUGGAGAAGGGUUACCCUGAUCCGUCUACAUGCCGUGYGAUAGAAAGUGACUUGGAAGCCUUCCUGAACCAGGACAAGGAUCUUUGUCUUUAUAGAUAUGGGAUAAGUGAGGAUAAUGCUAAGCUCUAUCCUAAAGGUACUUAUACAUUCAAACCAUGCGACGCCCCGGAGUUAGUAAUACAAAGAGCUAAGAGAGGUAUCACUGAGGGUUUCAGUCACUACAACAUCGUUGGAAACAACUGUGAAGAUUUCGCCACAUACUGUAAGACUGGUCAGCGGUCUAUGGAGAGUGCACAGUUCUCAGCUGCACUUGAAUGUGUAGCUGCUGCGAGGCGUGCGGUGGCUCAAGGGUAUAGAACGCCUUUAGUCUACGCAGGGUGUGUCUUGGGAAUAUUCACUGCAAGAGACUUUAAGUUCCCGCCCAAAAACUACGUACCGGCUGCAUCAGAAGUGAAUUCGAACGAUCCAGACAAGGGUAACAAUGAAGACGAUAAUAAUAAGCAAAAUGUCGAAAAUAAAAGCGAAGGACUUCGUGAUGCUAAUGCUAACAGCAAUGCUGACAUCCCUGGCAACACGACUGGGAAUUGUCUUGAUAAAUGUCCACCAAAAGGCGACCAAGAGGCAAUAGUUAAAUAUAGUGAUUCAGAUCAAAGGGGUACAACUAAGACUGUUAAGUUUGAUGUACCUAAAGCCGCUAGAAGCAGCUCUUAAUCUUUAAUGUUUGGCAGAAUCUAGACUAGAAGAGUAUUCAAAUUAGAGUGUUAUAGACCCCUGGCAUUGAUUUCCUAGAAGAACUGUGUUAAUUCAUGGGGACAAGACAAUGCCUUCUUUUCUUAUGCAAAACAAAAUACCAAAAUAUCCAUUGUUUUGUCCCCCAGAACAAUCUGUUUCGGGACUCAGUGCAAGGGGUCUAUUACUAUUUCAAAUCAAGGGCGAAGGCAGGCCAGGCGAAAGAAAUAGAAGAUGGGAAGGAAAGAGAGAGAAGGGGAGGUCAGGGUCGAAGGGUUGAGGGGGGAUAAAACUAGAGGGACGGAGAAUAAGGAAGCGUGAGGAAAGAGUGGAGGGAGAAAGGGGGAAGGUGAGGGUUGAAGGGUUGAAGGGUAAUAAAACUAGAGGGACAGAAAACAAGGAAGCGUGAGGAAAGAGUGGAGGGAGAAAGGAAGAAGGUUAACCGUAUGGGACAACAUUAUAGUCUUUUCCCCCUGGAAAACUGAGUUCUUUCUCAAGUAAACCAGAUUAGACCAGAUAUCGAUUCAACUCUUUCUGCCUUCUGUAAUCGCGUGUUGGUCGGUGCAAACUCCUCUAGUGCAAAUUAAAGCAGCAUAGAUAGCUGCAAGUUCAAUAUUUUCAUUUUUUGACUUCAUUGAUUUUUGUUAAAACCGUCAGUUACCUUAUUCAAAUGUGUAUCUUUGCUUGAUUUUUAUUUCAAAAUAAACAAAUAUAAAUGCACCAGA